UAUUGCUUUGUGACAAGUAUGAACGUACACAUUAUUACAGUGUUUGCUUUGCUGGGUUUUUGCACCGCUACAGAGUAUUUGACAUCAAGAGACCUAGGUAACCUGAUUGUAAAGUAUGCCAGAAAGGAAUUAUUGUACAAUGAAUACAAAACAAUUGAAAAUGUUUUCGGCAUAUACAGACGUGUUUGGAAUAGCGUUCGAGAUAUUGCAAACGUUUUCCAAUGUUUCCUGUGUCGAAGUGUAUUUUUCGCAUUAAUAUUUCUUAUCAAAAUCGGAGUACCAGAUGAAACGAUAAUCAACACGGGCGCAGAACUGUGCUCUAUUUCAUAUACUUACAAAGUAUGUCGGGGAUUUUUUGAACAGAAUUUGCCAAUAUUGAAAUACAUUAUUAUAACUACACCCGAAGCCACGCCGAGGACCAUUUGCGGGAUUUUGCAACAAAAUAAUAAGGAUCCAUACUCGUGCAAUUACUAUGACCCCAGAUUUGAAUGGAAGAUCUGGUUGCCUCCAAAAGUGAAGUUUCAAGCUCAGCCAAUCUAUGCUAAUUCAAAACCUCUGACAGUAGCUGUUCUAUCAGACAUUCACAUUGACCCAUUGUAUGAACCAUUUGGAGUAGCUGAUUGCGAUGAACCAGUCUGCUGUAGGAAAGGCCAAAAACCUCGUGUUAGAGAAAACAAAUACAUUGACGAUAUCGUUUUGCAAAAGAGUGUUAUUCAAGACGAUGAAGAAAUAAUUCUAAAUACUAAUGCAGCAUCCAAAAUAAUUAAAACUGUACCUAAUUUGAAUAUAAUAAAAGAAAAACAGUCAGCACCAGCUGGAUAUUGGGGAGAUUAUAGAAAUUGCGAUACUCCAAUAUGGGCGUUUAUAGACGUCAUCAAACAAAUCGCAUCUCAUGAGGAUGUUGAUGUUGUUUAUUAUAUCGGAGAUAAUAUUGAUCAUCAUGUAUGGGAGACAACAUACGAACUUAAUGAAUAUGUGAAUAGCUUAGUAGUUGAUAAGAUGCAAAAGAUUCUUAGAGAUGACAUGCUAGUUGUACAUACGGUUGGAAACCAUGAAGCUCAACCAGCUGACCAGUUUGCACCAACGUAUGUAAAAGGCAAAUUACUGAACACGACUUGGCUAUAUGAAAGUUUGGCCAAUAUCUGGAGGUCCUAUUUGACCGAGUACGCAUUUAAUUCUAUGAAGAAACAAGGUGGAUACUCCAUGUUGAUUCGACCGGGACUAAGAGUUAUUUCCAUCAAUAACAUUGUUGCCUAUAAAUUUAACUGGUGGUUGGUAUAUGAUCCACAUGAGUGUAAAAGACAACUAGAAUGGCUCGUGGAAGAGCUAUACAAAGCUGAGUUAGCAGGUGAGAAGGUCCACAUCCUUUCUCACGUCCCACCUGGUGAUCAAGAUCUUAUUUACAUUUGGACUAGAGAAUACCAUAGGAUUGUUGAUCGAUUUUCAUCCACAAUCACCGCUCAAUUCAACGGCCACAUACAUUCAGAUGAGUUCAAGAUUUUCUACAAAGACGGCAAAGCCUUCAACGUGGCUUGGAGUGCAGGAUCUGCUACUACCUUUCAGAACUUUAAUCUCAAUUAUAAGAUUGUUACUUUCGACAAUAAUAAUUUUGAACCAACAAGCAUGGUCAACUAUAUAUACAACCUAACUGAAGCUAACCUCAACCCAAACCAACCACCACGCUGGUACAAACUCUACGAUAUGCAAACAUCCUUCCAACUUCGAAACCUUUCCGUUGCUUCAAUGGACCAAUUAGUGUCCAGAAUGGUAACAAACAAGAAGUACCUUCUGGACCAAUAUGUGGACUUUGCGUCUAAAGAUAGUGACGCUAUGCCACAUUGUGAUACUUCCUGUAAACUUGAUAUGCUUUGUAAUGCUGUUACUACUGUGCUAUGGGAUCGUACAAAAUGCUAUGAGCUUAUGAAACUUUACUUUGUUUCAUAAAAAAAAUUAUAGCGCUGUGUUGUAAUUAUA